AUGCCAAAAUUGAUCCGCAAGGGUCAGCGAAUCCUGCAUCAGCGCACACAGGCUCGACAGGAUGGUGUCAACUCCCCACGCUCAAGUCGGAGCACAAGGGUCCAAUCCUCGACGGCGGCAGCUGGUCACGCCGAGGAGAUCUUAGACGCAGCCAGCGAGGAGGAGAACCCACUCUUCCUGGGUCGAACCUCAGCGACACCAGCACCGUUCCUGUCUCGAACCACCAAUUUGAAGAGCACAGGACCGAUCGAUCCGACCGAGUUGCCGUCAGAAACGAGAAGAAAGGCGGCCAGUCGUAACAUCGCCAAUGCGGUCGAGCAGUCGCGCCUUCGCAGCUUCAAUCAGGCGAGCUCAUCCUCCGGCACCGGCUCAACUGCAAAGUCAACUCUUGGGAACGGUCGCGCCAAAGAGACAAUCGAGGAGGUCAAGUCGGAAGAAGAGCCAGGCGAGGAUGACCCUUUGCUCGCUUCUCCGACCCUCGCCCGCCGCUCCCUCGCGCCUCCGGUAUCUGUCAAAGCGGAGGCUGAAGUAAUAGAGAUCAAGUCAGGAGAUGAAGAUGACUACGACUUCCGCAUCGUGUCACCGCCAUCGACUUCGAAGGCCUUGUCAGCGACGAAUGGGCAUGCAAGCACAGCAGCAAGAAUAGCCGCAGCUCCAGUCCCGCCGCCAAUGGGUCCACCCUCCACGCCGACGAGAGCGGCUACCGAAGCACUUGUACUACCCGUCACACCUCCACCAUCAGAAAAGAGGCAGCCUCGAGGACGCAACGCACGCUCCGUCACAGCCAGCAUUGCCGCUGCUUCUGCCCCGACACGAGACGCUCUCGUCGGUAGAGAACCCUCAAUUGCUCCAUCAGAAUCAGCAAGGUCUGCCUCGGAGAUGCCAGUCCUCGAAAAGCCCGUCCUCGAACGCACAGAUCCGUGGCCAGAACACUUCCUCCAGCUCGAAAAGACCUUUCGCGCUAUCAAUACCGUCUAUUCUUUCUGCUCGGCUCGAAAGCAUAUGGCCACCACCUACGAUACCAUCAAGACCAGUGUCGAGGGUCUCACCAAACGACCGCUGCAGAUCUUCGAGAUUGCACAAAUCAAGAGUUUGUGCGGCGAGCUCAUUCAUUUCGCCUAUGUGGAACACGACAUGCUUCAAGUGCAUAUGGACAGUCGAGCCAAUGCCGAGAAUCCUGCCAGCAAUACUGUCAAGAGGCGGCAAAAGUCGAGCGCGCAGUAUCGAGACGAGCUGUACGAGAGAGCGGCCGAGGCAAUCGCCGAGGGCGAUCCGUAUAUUCCUGACAAUCCGAAUGCCGUUGCGAUUGCGGCAUCAGCGGCGAUGGCGGUGGAUUCGGCUGGAUUUGCGACCACUGGAGGUGGGUUUCAGGAUGUCGCAGAUGAGGACGGUCAAGGCGGACCGCAGGGGCCGUUGCUGCCGCCUGCCGAGCUCGAGGUGCAACAGCUCCAAGCCAAAGGCAAGCAGAGGGCGAGAGAGGAGUAUGUCUUGCUAUUCGAGUUCAACGAUGGAACCCUGCAAGGACCCAAGGCGACAGCGAGAGGGCGUCCGGGCAUGCGCCGAGGACCGAAUCGAAAGCCAGCCGAUCCGAACGCCAAGCCAAAAUCCAAUCCCAAGCUCUACUCGCUCCCGUCGACAGCAUCCAUGAUGAAGCUCAUCAACAAGCGCAACUUCAAGUUCGAGCAAGCUGUGCUGGAGUUGCUCGCAGCCUGCAAGGCCAAAGACGAGGACCCUGUGCAGCUUCUGAUCGAUGCAGCACACGACCACGUCCCACUCAACCCAGAGACGGCAUCACGCACCGAAGGCGAUACACCACAAAAGAAGCGCAUCCGCCUCGAAUUCCUCAUGAAGAACCCCGAGCAUCGACCCAGCGUCGCUUCGGUGAUCGAGGAGAUGAAGAUUGCUCCCUGGUGGAAGGACCAGAUCGUCCCUGGCGGCCACAAGGUGUUUGACGAGCGACCUGCCAAGACCGGUGAGCUGAACUACCUUCUCUCGCAAGCCGUCGUCAACGCGCUCUAUGCGACACACGGCAUCGAGCAAUUCUACGCUCAUCAGGCGGAAGCACUCAACGCACUCAACGAGCAAAAGAACGUCAUCGUCUCGACAUCCACCUCGUCGGGCAAGUCGCUCAUCUACCAGUUGCCCGUCCUCGGCGCCAUCGAGCAGGACGGCGAAGCCACCGCCAUGUUCAUCUUCCCCACCAAAGCUUUGGCCCAAGACCAGCGGCGCUCGCUGCAAGACCUCAUCGCCAACUGCGAAGGCGUCGAGGGCGCCAUCGUCGCCACGUACGACGGCGACACGGACAAGGACCUGCGCAAGGACAUCCGCGAACGCGCCUCGGUUAUUUUCACCAACCCGGACAUGCUCCACCAGUCGAUCUUGCCGAGCGAGGAUCUGUGGCGACGCUUCCUGCGCAAUCUGCGCUAUGUUGUGGUCGACGAGUUGCAUAUCUACAAUGGUCUAUUUGGAGCGCAUGUGAGCUUCAUCAUGCGUCGUCUGCAGCGGAUCUGCAGUGCACUAGGCAACAAAACCGUGCAGUUCGUCAGCUGCAGUGCGACGGUGGCCAAUCCAAAGCAGCACAUGCAGACGCUGUUUGGGGUGGAAGAUGUCCACGUUGUUACGGAGGACGGGUCGCCAGCGGGGAGAAAGGAGUGGCUCAUCUGGAACCCACCCUACAUCGACGAGUCGGACCCUGCACAGGGUCGUGUCAGCAGCUACGCCGAAGUGUCCAAAGUCUUCCGGCACCUCAUCCAGCGCGGCGUCCGAACGAUCAUCUUCACCAAAGUGCGACGCACGUGCGAGAUCGUGAUGCGUCAAGUGCGAAACGAUCUUCUGCUCGAAGACCGCCCGGAUGUAGUGAACAAGGUCAUGUCGUAUCGAUCCGGCUAUUCGCCGCAAGACAGACGAAAGAUCGAACAGGACAUGUUCAAGGGCCAGCUGUUGGGCAUUGUCGCCACCUCAGCCCUCGAACUGGGCAUCGACAUUGGCAGUCUCGACGCGGUGAUCAUGCUCGGCUUCCCGUACUCGAUCUCGAGUCUGCGACAGCAGGCGGGUCGAGCGGGUCGUCGACAGAAGGACUCGCUCUCGGUGCUCAUCGGCGACCCCUGGCCCAUGGAUCAGCACUACAUGCAUUUUCCGGACGAAAUCUUCCUCCAACCGGACGCAGCACUCUCGGUCGAUCUGGGCAACGAUUUCAUCCUCGAAUCGCACCUGCAGUGUGCAGCCGAAGAAAUGCCGAUCACGCUCGAGGACGACGAGCAGUACUUUGGCCCUCAUCUCGCCACACUGUGCCAGACGCGACUCGAGACGGACGGAACGGGCUACUUCUACUGUCGGGAAGAACUGCGACCCAACCCAGCGCGCGACGUUGCCAUCCGCGGUGCACGCCAGGACAGCUACUGCUACAUCGACGAUACGCCUCGUCGUCCCGGUGGCGCACGCGUCAUGGAAGAGGUCGAAAUCGAACGUGCCAUCUUCGAAGCUUUCGAAGGGGCCGUCUUCAUGCACCAAGGCUUGAGCUACAUCUGUCGCGAGAUCAACCACGACACGCGCAUCGCACGGAUGGUGCAGGUGGAUGUCAACUACCACACGCGUCCCCGGGAUCACACCAAUACGGAUGCGAUGGAGACCUACCGCAUUCGACGACUGCGCGAAUCGCCGUAUUUGGCCUACUACGGUAAGGUGACGAUCGCCAGUUACGUGUGGGGGUACUUUAAGGUGGAUCGUCGAGCGAACAUCUUGGAUGCUGUCGAAGUAGACUGUCCUCCAUUCAUCCGACAUACGCGGGGGUUGUGGAUCGACGUCCCCACCUGGCUGGUCGACGCGAUGACGAGCAAACGCAUCAACGCCGCCGCAGCGAUCCACGCGGCCGAACACGCCCUUUUAUCCCUCACACCCAUGUUCGUCGUCUCCAUCGCGGGCGAUGUCCGCACCGAAUGCAAGAUCGCCGAAAAGGAGUACGCCGCCAAGCCCUCAUCCCGCAAACGACCGGCGCGGUUGAUCUUCUACGACAUGCCCGGUCAGAACGGCGGUGUGUGCGCGAAAGCCUUUGAACACCUCGAUGGGCUGAUUCGCAUUGCGAUUAGCGUCAUCGAAGCGUGCCCGUGCAACGAGGGGUGUCCGAGCUGCGUGACGAGUCAGACGUGCGCCCAUGCCAACCUUGUCACUUCCAAGAUCGGCGCGUUGGGCGUGUUAAGGGGGAUCGUGGGAAGGGAGCCGUUCGAUCCGGAUUUGGAGUUGCAGAAUGAACCCGGGAUCGCGCCGUCUCAGCUGGGCGCAGAGGGGAGUGUUAGUGGCACCAUCGCCGAGGCGGUACCCGUAAGGGUGGCAAAGGAGCUGGGGAACAGUGUCCAGGUGGAGGACGUGGAUGAAGUGUUGCCGCCAAGUUUGCAGAGGUUGACGCAGAGGGCGGCGGAGGCGGCCGUGAGGAGAGGGGAGCUGUUCGAGGGUCCGACUGGGUCCAAUGGUACUGGGCCGGGUGGGGGGUUUCUGCCUGGGAAAAGUAUGCUCUUCCAAGAGUGA